ACAGAGGGGGAGCAGCCUGGUUCAGUUGUGGGGGCAAAGGGGGAACAGCCUGGUCCAAUUGAAACUCGGAAAAUUAGUAUAUUGUCAAUAAGUGCAUUUAUAACUUACCAUUUAUUUAUUUUUCAUUUUUACAAAAAGAUUUUUUUGGGGGGGAAUUCCACAGGAAUAAAACAAAUAGAAAUAAAUAAACAAAAAUAAACAUCACUACAGUAAUUACAUUCCAUUUUUAAUUGACCUGCCUAAUGACCAAUAAUGACAAUGACAACAAAUAAAGGCUUGACAUAUCUUGCUUUGCAUGUCAUGCAUCUAUCUCUUAUAUUGUUUUCACUUUUUAAGUUGCAUUACUGGAAAAAAUGCACUUUUCAAUGAUAUUCUAAUUUUCCGAGUUUGACCUGUAGGAGAGCAGCCUGGUCCAAUUGUAGGGGGGUGGCUGCUUGGUCCAAUUGUAGAGAACAGAAGGGGAGCAGCCUGCCCCCUCCCCCCCCCAGCCUCACGCUAACGAUUGGUCAUCUGACUCUUAGGCCCUUCCCGGCUUUAAAUCCUAACUAACCUGGGCACAUGCAGAGUGUGUUUGCCUCCCCCCCCCCACAGCUGAUCCAUGUCGCCCCCGUCUUCCAUUGUCCUGUUUCGAAAUCUAGGAUCCUCGCCCGGCACCCCGGGGACCAGCAUGGAGCACCGUCCCAAUGCCCAGCGACGCCUGCCAGGCCAGGAUUCGCACUGAGGACGGCACGACGAGGGGCCUGCCUCUUUGAAGAUGACCCGCACCGACCCGCCGGAUCUCCUGUCGUCAACGGUCUACCGCGACGUCCAAACGGCCUUACCCUUUGCCAUGUCCGCCGCACCACAGCCCUUCCACAAACGCCACUGCCGCAGCUUCGACUUCCUAGAGUCGCUGGACGAUGAGCCGCCGCCACCUGCCGCCUGCAAGCCGCCGCUGCCUCGUCGCGGGAGAGAGGCCCCCAGAGACCCAGACCCGGGGCGGCGGGCGCGCUCAAAAAGCGCCCCCCGCGCCCCACCAGCCUUCGCCCCGGCUGCUUCGCCACCGGCACGGCGCGGACGCAGCCUCGCCAACGAGCUGCACCCAGUCAAGCUUCAGCCGCAGCGCAGCCGCAUCUCCCCCUUUUCUGGUGCCCAUUAUGGCGGCAACGCCCCACCGGCAGAGGCAAGGGCCCCACGCCGGCGCAUGGACAUCAAGCCUGACGAAGCGGCGCUGCGCCAGGCUGCCCACGCCCCGGGAAGGAGCGACUUGCCUCCCGCCCGAGGCUUGACCGUGCCCAGCGUCUGGCCCAUGUCCCGCACACCGACCCCCAGUGACACCUACAGCGGGGAGCAACGGGUGCCGGGAGAACUCUACAACGCGGGUGAGAGUGGGUGCAUUCCCUACCCGCAACCGACGCCCCUCAAGAUCUUCUACGCCGAUGCCUAUGACGGAGGGUAUGUGCCGCCUUAUGGCGGCCCGUUUUAUGCCGAUGAGCCACCCCCCCAAACUGGCUUCCGCCCGAUCCCAGCAAAGACCCUUUACGUUGACGCCCACAGUGGGACGUACCCCGUCCAGGAGGCGCCCGGGCGGACGUACUAUGGCACCACCGAGCCACCGUUCUAUGGUGAAGACCCCCGCGCCUUCUACGCCCAGGUGUCGGGGACGUACCCUCAUCCGCACAGCACCCCUUACAAUGGCUGGUACCCACCCGCCCGGACCGCGGCGCCCUACCAGACUUGGCAGGUAUGUCGCUAUCCGCCGGUGGCCCCCCGACCCGCCCUGUCCUCCUGGCAGGCCGGCACGCCACGCUUGGGAGCCGACACGCGCAGCUACUCCAAGUCGUGGGACAACAUCCUGACGCCCCGCGGGCGCCCGGAUCAGCCGCUUUGGCGUGGGCGCAGCUACGAGAACCUACUGGGGCACCGCGAGGCACUGCGGGCCCUCUCCCCAGAUGCCAGGCGCCCCUCACCUGUGGUGGUGACGCUCUCCAGUUCGCCAAAACGCUACGCUGCUCUCUCGCUGUCAGAGAACUCGCUGCUGGAGAAGUCGCCGGCCGGUGAUGGGCGUGCCGGCUGGUUCGUGACACCUGAGAUCACCAUAACCGACAACGACAUCCGGGCCGAUGGGCGCCGGGACGCGCCCGAUACUUCGUCACGCCAACGCAGCCUAGAGCAGCUGGACGAGCUCAUCACCGAUCUGGUGAUCGACUACAAGCCGCCACCGCCAGGUGGUGAAACAGGCGACUUCUCCGAGCAGCUCCGGCACCUGAUCGGCGCCACCAAAGAGCCGGCAGCGGCACAUGAGGCCAGUUCUCCGGACGUCAGCACUGAUGAGGAUGACGUCCUCAUGUGCUCCAAUGCCCGCUGUGGCCGCACGGAGGCCAUGUUCCACGCCUGCCUCUACUUCAAGUCAUGCCACAGCUGCCGCACCGUCUACUGCUCGCGCCACUGCCGGCGGCAAGACUGGGCCUCGCACAAGGAGCGCUGCGUCUUCGGACGGGCCGGCAGCGCCUGCCGAAACGUGCUGCGGUUUUGCCGCGAGGAUGCUCCGGCGCAUCGGGCUUUUUCCCGCGUGGCCCGGGUGGGCUUCCUCUCUCGCGGGCGCGGCGUCCUGUUCCUCGGUUUUCCCAGCCCUGGCUCGGCUGAGAACUUCCUCCGCUUCGGCCUGGAGAGCUUACUCCUGUCGCCGACGUACCUCUCGCUCCGGGAGCUCGGCGGCUACUCUGGCGACUUGGGCUCCUACGCCGGGGAUUUGCGCCGUGCCGGGGAGGACUAUGACCCCGGCGAAUGCUUUGUGCUCAACGUCACCGUGGCGGUGGGCGGGAAAACACUGCCUGGCGAGCGUCCGGCGCCCGUAGUCCGCAAGCACGCCAAGGUAGCGCUGGCUUCGGCGGCGCCUGGCCUGCCGCACGCCAACGGCGACAUGGAGACGCUGAUCCUGACGCCGCCGCCGGGGACAGCCGACCUGGGGCAGGAGGGCGAGGCAGGACGGCGUGCCCGGGAGGUGUGCUUUGUCCACAUCCAGCGGGAGCUCCGGGCCCGGGGCGUGGUGCUGCGACGCGAGUUCCCGCAGGUCUAUGAGCGGCUUUGCGCCUUUGUGGAGGGUGGGCGGCGCUUCACCCCCACCACCAUCUACCCAGUGGACAAGCGGACAGGCAAGCCAUUCCUCUGCAUGAUCAUGGCGGCAUCCGAACCCCGGACCCUCGACUGGGUAGCCAGCCCCAACCUGCUGGACGACCUGAUGUGAGCCACCUUCAAGUGGUGGGGAGUUGCAAGGGGGAGAAACUCCUCCUCCCAAACAGGCAAAAAACCCAGACCAGCGCUCUGUUCCUUUGGCUGUAGUUCAUGCGACAUCUCUUUGGUCAAGUGGCGGGCAGUUCCAAUGGAAAGAACUCCCAAACGGACGAAAAACGGACAUCCAAAAUGGAAAACAGUUCGUUCCUUUUUCUGCUGGCUCCUUGCUCAAGUGGCAGGGAGUUCUGACGUGGAAAGAGAUCCUCGGAUCGACAAUCGCCCCCAAAACGGAUUCUGGCCUUUGAAAUCUCUACCUGUUUUCAAUUCCCCGGAAAUCCCAGAUUGAUUGGUGAAGUUUUCUAUUAUUCUUUUGGUUUUUUGAUAUCACUGCAACCGAAGGGAUUAUUCAAACCCCCCCGGGUAUAGGGUGGCAUAUCAAUUAAAAAAAAAAGAAUAAUCAUAUUUUAAAAACAGUGGCGCAUGGACAGAGCAAAAAACCGCCAAAAGGGACCUUUAUGGAUAUUGUAUUUUAAUAUUCUGUUGGAAGCCGCCCAGAGCGGCUGGGGAAACCCAACCAGAUGGGUGGGGUAUUAUUAUUAUUAUUAUUAUUAUUAUUAUUAUUAUUAUUAUUAUUUUGGAAGCUGCCCAGAUUGGCUGGGAAAACCUAGCCAGAUGAGCGGGGUAGUAGUAGUAGUAGUAAUAAUAAUAAUAAUGAUAAUAAUUCUGUCGGAAGCCGCCCAGAGUAGCUGGGGAAACCCAGCCAGAUGGCUGGGGUAUAAAUAAUAAAUUAUUAUUAUUAUUUCCUCCAGGAAUGCCAAAUCUGAUCCACAUGUUUUAUCAGAUGAUGACUAUGAUCAAUACGAUUGGUGAAGUUUUGUAUUAUUAUUAUUAUUAUUGCACUUUUUAAGGCUUUCAAAACUGAGGAAGAUAGAGAACUGUACAAUGGGCCCAUUGAAUGUUGUAUUUUAAAAAAGAGAUUUUGUUAUUUGACAAUUUUGGAAAACGAUGGAUCUUAUUUUUGAUUUGAUCAUUGAUAUUAUUGUUUGAUUGAUUGAUUGAUAUUGAUAUUAUUAUUUCAUUUAUCAACUGUAAAAUGGGUGCAUCAGACGAAUGAAAUGUAUGCCAAACCCCAUCAAAAGGUUAUUUUUUCCUUUGAGGGUGGAACGGUUUGUAAAUGGUGCGGAACAAACGAAUGCAUGUUCUAUUUAUUUCCUUAAAGAGAGAGAAAUAUAUAUACUUGCCAAAUUAUGUAAAGGUAUUUUAUGCCGGAGAGAAAAAGAAGCAUGUAUAUGUACGUUUAUAUGGAAAGGUAUAAAAAUGGGGAGGGGGGAGAAAAUAUUUCCCUGGAAUAAAUAUGAAAUGGAACUCAAACCCACAACAUUGUCAGCCUCCGUUUGAUGUUCCCUUUGCUUGGGGACUCUGCACAUACUCAGAGGACCCCAUUUCCCUUUCCAGCCCUUUCGAUGAUUUCUGUUUCUUUUGUCCAACUGAGACAAAUUGCCCCCCAAAAGGACAAUAAAUUAUUAUUAUUAUUAUUAUUAUUAUUAUUAUUAUUAUUAUUAUUAUUAUCCAGCCCAUCUGGCAGCAGUUUUUGAUCAUCCCAAAGGAAAACGAGCAGCGAUCACUUGCUCCUGGAAUUCCUUCGCUGGGCCUUCAUCUG